AUGAUGGAGGAAUUCUCAUAUGACCACGAUUUUAACACUAAUUUUGCUACAGAUUUGGAUUAUUUGCAACAGGAACAGCAACAGCAACAGCAACAACAACAACAACAACAACAACAACAAGAUAAUCUUCAACAACAGCAACAAACGAGUCAUAUGCAAAAUCAUGAUCAGGAACAGGAUCAACAUACCAAUGAUAUGAGCGCUGCAUCCAAUGCAUCAGACGGUGGUCCUCAAAGGCCUAAAAGGACUCGCGCAAAGGGAGAGGCCCUAGAUGUCUUAAAACGUAAAUUUGAGUUAAAUCCAACUCCUUCUUUAGUAGAAAGGAAAAAAAUAUCAGACCUGAUAGGAAUGCCUGAGAAAAAUGUUAGGAUUUGGUUUCAGAACAGAAGGGCUAAGUUACGGAAAAAACAACAUGGAAGUAAUAAGGACGCGAACUCCUCAUCACAAUCUCGUGAUAGUGCCAACGAAUAUGAUCAUACUACUUCAGAAAAUCAUCUGGUUACUACAACAAGUACAUCUUCCAUUUUCCACGAUGAAGAUCUGACUUUUUUUGACCGUAUCCCGUUAAACAGCAACAAUAACUACUAUUUCUUUGAUAUUUGCUCUAUUACCGUGGGGAGUUGGAAUAGGAUGAAAAGCGGCGCAUUGCAAAGAAGGAACUUCCAGUCUAUAAAAGAGUUGCGAAACUUGUCACCGGUAAAGAUAAAUAACAUAAUGUCGAAUGCUACAGAUUUGAUGGUCUUGAUAUCCAAGAAAAACUCAGAAAUUAACUAUUUCUUCAGUGCUAUGGCAAAUAAUACUAAAAUUCUCUUCCGGAUCUUUUUCCCACUGAGUUCGGUAACUAAUUGCUCUCUAACCUUAGAGACUGAUGAUGAUAUAAUAAAUACUAAUUCUACAAGCGAUAAUAACAAUAGUAAUGCUAAUAAUGAUGAUGAAAACGACGACAAGAGUAAUGAAUAUGAUGAUAAUGGCAGUAACGACAAGAGGAGUACGAAAGACAAUUUUGGGGAACUGAAGCUAACAGUUACCAGAUCGCCUACUUUUGCUGUUUACUUUAUAAAUAAUUCACCUGAUGAAGAUCCAAACGUGAACAAUCAGUGGUCCAUAUGUGAUGAUUUUUCAGAAGGCAGACAGGUCAACGAUGCGUUUGUCGGUGGGUCGAAUAUCCCUCACACUUUAAAAGGUUUACAGAAAUCUUUAAGAUUUAUGAAUUCUCUAAUCCUAGAUUAUAAGUCAUCGAAUGAAAUAUUACCUGCAAUCAAUACUGCAAUCUCGACUGCUGCUAUUUCACAACAGAAUAUCGCCCCUCCGUUCCUGAAUACAAACUCAAGUGCAACAGACUCAAAUCCGAAUACAAACUUAGAAGACUCCCUGUUCUUCGAUCACGAUCUUUUAUCCAGUUCGAUAACCAACACUAACAAUGGAUCGAACUCCAAUAAUGGACGCCAAGGCAGCAAAGAUGAUACACUCAAUCUUCUGGACAGUACUGUCAACAGCAGUAACAAUCAUAAUGCUAACAACGAGGAGAAUCAUCUGACUCAUGAACAUCUCUCCAACGAUGCUGACAUUGUUGCCAAUCCAAACGACCAUUUGUUGUCUUUGCCAACUGAUAGUGAAUUACCAAAUACUCCAGAUUUUUUAAAGAACACAAAUGAACUAACUGACGAGCAUAGAUGGAUAUGA